CUCCCUCUCGCUCACACACACCCCCGCCUGGGCCUCCUCUCUCCGGCUCCAUUUUCUCCGCCGCCGGGGGCCGGGGUCUCCUGUGGGGCCCAGCCGGCACCCCGGGUCUCCCCUCAGAGCCCGGGUGACCCCCGGGGAGCCGGGGGGCGGGCGGGGGCGGGGCGCAGGAGCAGCGGCCCCGCCGAGUUUGGGGGGAAGUAGCCCGGCGGGGGGAGGGGGCCUCAGGGCCCCCCACUAUGGACGAGCGGCUGCUGGGGCCGCCCCCUCCGGGCGGGGGCCGCGGCGGCCUGGGGCUGGUGGCGGGGGAGCCCGGGGGCCCCGGCGAGCCUCCGGGCGGCGGGGACCCCGGCGGGGGCGGCGGGGGCGUCCCGGGGGGCCGAGGGAAGCAGGACAUCGGGGACAUCCUGCAGCAGAUAAUGACCAUCACGGACCAGAGCCUGGACGAGGCCCAGGCCAAGAAGCACGCCCUCAACUGCCACCGCAUGAAGCCGGCGCUCUUCAGCGUGCUGUGUGAGAUCAAGGAGAAGACCGGCCUCAGCAUCCGAAGCGCCCAGGAGGAGGAGCCGGUGGACCCCCAGCUCAUGCGCCUGGACAACAUGCUUCUGGCGGAAGGCGUGGCCGGGCCCGAGAAAGGGGGGGGCUCGGCCGCCGCAGCCGCGGCCGCGGCCGCUUCGGGGGGCGGCGUGUCCCCCGACAACUCCAUCGAGCACUCGGACUACCGCAGCAAGCUGGCCCAGAUCCGCCACAUCUACCACUCGGAGCUGGAGAAGUACGAGCAGGCCUGUAACGAGUUCACCACCCACGUCAUGAACCUGCUGAGGGAGCAGAGCCGCACGCGGCCCGUGGCGCCCAAGGAGAUGGAGCGGAUGGUGAGCAUCAUCCACCGCAAGUUCAGCGCCAUCCAGAUGCAGCUCAAGCAGAGCACCUGCGAGGCCGUCAUGAUCCUGCGCUCCCGCUUCCUGGACGCCAGGCGGAAACGCCGCAACUUCAGCAAGCAGGCCACCGAGGUCCUGAACGAGUACUUCUACUCCCACCUGAGCAACCCGUACCCCAGCGAGGAGGCCAAGGAGGAGCUGGCCAAGAAGUGCGGCAUCACCGUGUCCCAGGUCUCCAACUGGUUUGGCAACAAGCGGAUUCGCUACAAGAAGAACAUCGGGAAGUUUCAAGAGGAGGCCAACAUCUACGCGGUGAAGACCGCCGUAUCCGUCACCCAGGGGGGCCACAGCCGCACCAGCUCCCCGACACCCCCUUCCUCUGCAGGCUCUGGCGGCUCUUUCAAUCUCUCAGGAUCCGGAGACAUGUUUCUGGGGAUGCCCGGGCUCAACGGAGACUCCUACUCCGCCUCCCAGGUGGAGUCCCUCCGGCACUCGAUGGGCCCAGGGGGCUACGGAGAGAGCCUCGGGGGCGGCCAGAUGUACAGCCCCCGGGAGAUGAGGGCAAACGGCGGCUGGCAGGAGGCUGUGACCCCGUCCUCGGUGACGUCCCCGACGGAGGGACCAGGGAGCGUUCACUCUGACACUUCCAACUGACCCCCCUCAGGGCCCCGGGGUGGGGCUCACGAGGUGACGGCGAGAGGACAGAGGCAUCCAGAGGACACGCCCAGACACAGGAGAAGCACAAGAUGGAGAAGGGCAAAUGGGCGCCCUGCCCAGCCGGCUCAGUGCUGGGGUUGCUGACUACAUGGCAAGGAGAAGGGGUCCCCUAAGGGGAAGGUGGAGUCUGUGUCCCGUUUUCCCUUCUUUUCAAUCUUUUUCUCUCCCCGUUUCUUACACAGAAACACACCCAGAACCCUCUUUUAGAUCCUCUCUCACAGACACAUACACUGUUGUUUCUCUCCGACACACACGGCUAUUCUGUCUCUGUCAUACAUACACACCCAUUCCCUCCCCCCCCACUCUCUCUCUCUCUCCACCCGUUCUCCCUCCCCCACCCCUUAUCUGCUCUGGGAUCUGUGGAGACGCCAGCCUUGCCCUACCUACCAGAGAUGCCAAAAAUGGGGACACAACUUCUGGACAGAUGACCUGGCCGUGCCCCGGGCCUCCCCCCUCCAGACGGCUUAUUACCUCAUAUGCAGCUCAUCUUAAACCAAUAGAAUUGCUCGGUGAACGAGAGUGUCUGACUCAGAUAUCUACCUCGGAGGGAGUUUCUGCUACUUUAGGGAAUUGGGAAUUGUUAACUGGGUUUGGGGUCCAACUUUUUUUUUUUUUUUUUUUUUAAGGAAAAAAAAAUCCCUGGGCUCCAUCUGUAUUUUGGGGGUGUUUUGUUGUUGUUGGUUCUUAAUUUUUAAUUGAGUUUGGGGAAGUAGAUGUUUUAUAUGUUGAUUUUUUUUUUUUUACCUUAAUCACUGGCUUUCCCAUAUUCGGGGAGACAGCAAAGGGGACAUGAUAAGAGAAAGGGGGACAGUGGGACCGGUGAGGGCCGGCUGGCUCAUCCAGAGUACUAUUCAAUACAUUUAGCAGCGCCAAGCCCCCCCUCACAGCCCUCGGUGUCCUCUGCUCUAAGGCCCAGGGGCACUCCCUGGCUGGGCCGCUCCCCUGCGCUUGGUGUGGGCAGCGGGCUUGGGUGCUGGCCUGCGCUCCCUCAGCCCGUGGGCAGGGCUGGGCACAGCCGUUGGGAGGCAGUGCCACCUUCCCCUGUGACGCCUUUUCUCACCGUGCAGCUGGAGGGGAGAGGGGGGACGGGUCAUUGUGAAACAAGUGUGAGUUGGGGAGCUUGUGUGUGUAUCUCCCUCAGUUUCCCCAGAAAUGAGGUGUCUUUGUUCUCAGUCCAAAAUCCUGAGGGUGGGGGGAGAGGCUGCAAGAAGCCAGAUACAGAGGGAGGCCAAGUCUCUGCCGCCCCAUCCUCGGCCCUGAACCCCUCCAACAUCGUCAGGAUCUGACUGUCACCGUGGGAACCCGCCCGGCAAAGAUCGGCAGACUGGGCAGGCUGGGACGGAUGGGAAGGGGGGAGGCGUGGGCACGGGCUGGGCAGUUCUCUCCUCACUUGUAAACUUAUAGUUUCGCAAAAAAAAAAAAAAAAAAGCAGUUUUAAAUAAAGAAAUUUUCCCCCUGGG